AUGCCCACGUCUCCCAAAGAAUUCACACCUGCUGAUUUAGCUGAACUCAAGAAGAUUUUUGAAGCUCUCAACACAAGAUUAGGUGAAUACUGGGCCAACCAUCGCAGGACUAUGAACGCUCCUCACUGGACUCCUCACUGGACUCCUCACUGGACUCCUCACUGGACUCCUCACUGGUCUCCUCACUGGUCUCCUCAGUGGACUCCUGGGGGACUGGAGCCCUCCAUGAACUCAUAUCUGAUUCCAAACCUCCACCAAGAUGUGGGAAUGAACACACAGGAGCUGGCUGUGACCGUUCCUAAGCCUGUGCACGUAAAGAAGGGGAUGUUUUCUGAGCUGCACAGUAAUGUUUCAGAAGCUGGCAUCCCGGUCACUGCAACACAUUUUGACCUGCAGCGGGAAAUGCUCUGGAUGGGAAACUACACGGGUCAUGUACAAUCCUUCCUUGGACCUACAAUGGCACACUACUCUUCUUUCCAAGUGCACGCAACUGAUGCCAUCAGACACAUGCAGAGUUUGGACACAGGCGUGCUGUUCCUUUCUAAAUGCAACCUCAGAUGUUACACUUGUGGAGGCCUGGUCAUGUCUGAUUAUCGGAUGGAAGAAGGAGCUGAUAUGCACAGUCUCCUCAUGACUGAUAACAUGCUGCUCAUGGGGGAAUUACAAAACUAUGUGGCUGAAGUUGACUUGAAUACACUUCAAGAAACUCAAAAAUUCACAGUGGAGACACCUGGAGUGACAAUAAUGCGUCAGACCAAUCAUUUCUUUUUCUUUAGGCACCCUUCUAAGUAUCACCUGAUUGCAUCAGUGACCCUUCGAGACUUGCAUACAUUUAGGACACAAAACUUUGAUGCAUUUCCUGGCGGCCUGUCAGACUUUGAUGUUCACGGAAACCUCUUGGCUGUGAGUGGGUUCUCCAGCCGAGGGCCGAAUGAACGUUUCCUCAUGGUGUAUGACCUCCGCAGGAUGCAAGCUGCAACCCCCCUUUGGGUGCAUGUGGAUCCCUUCUUCGUGCGCUUCAUUCCUACCUACACGUCACGGCUCGCAAUCAUCUCACAGACAGGUAUGAAGCUGGCCUGGAAUCAUAACCUGUGGCCCUGCUCUCCCAUCCCCACUGUCCAGGCUACACCCAGCUCAAGAUGGGCUCCUGGGAUGGAGCCAGAAAUCCCACAAACUAUUGAAACAGUUGGCUUCAACAGUUAUGUGGAAAAUCCUUACGCCUGCCCCUUUAACCAGGUCCCUGCCAAUGAAGAAGGGACACCUGGUCAUGGUUAUUACAACCACGUCCCUGAAUCUCCAACACAGAGUGAUGAAGAGCCGCUCCUUCACACUGUUCCAGAAAAGUACAGAAAGGUGACAAUUAAAUACUCUAAAUGUGGACGGGAAGAUUUUGACUUCAAACAUUACAACAGGACGUUGUUUGCUGGCCUGGAGCCGCAGAUUCCCAACGCCUACUGUAACUGCAUGAUCCAGGUGUUAUACUUCAUGGAGCCAGUUCGCUGCCUUGUUCAGAAUCAUUCGUGCCACAAGGAGUUUUGUUUAGCUUGUGAACUCGGCUUCCUCUUCCACAUGUUGGAUUUGUCACAAGGAGAUCCAUGUCAGGCCAGCAACUUCCUCAGAGCACUUCGAAACAUCCCUGAAGCCAAAGAGAUGGGCCUGAUCCUCUCAAACUGUGAGGAGACAACGGGAACAGUCGAGCUAGGUCGCUUAAUCCAGAGAUGGAAUCACUUCAUGCUCUACCAGCUCUUCCAGGAGACACAGGAGCAGGAGGAUCCACGGGCCUACAGGACACCCAGGAGCAGUUGCAGUUCUCUGGGCUCCUCUGGCGACUCUGUCAUUAGAGAGCUGUUUUGUUCUGAAGUUGAGAACCGCAGCCUGUGUCUCUGUGGCAUAGAAACAGUCCACUCCUCCCUCAUGUUGCUGUUCAACAUGCAUUACCCCGACUCUCAAGGAAAAAGAAUGAAGGAGCAUGACUUUGCUGAGAUCCUGAAGAAAAGCAUCUGCCUGCAGCAGAGAUCUCACACAUGGUGUGAAAACUGUGACAAGUAUCACCUCACAGUGCAGACACGCAACAUUCGACGUCUCCCAGAUGUUUUGGUGAUAAACUGUGAGGUGAACAGCAGCAAAGAGGCCGAAUUCUGGAAGGUUCAGGCCGAGUAUGCCUUCAACAAAUCCAUGCAGAAGACAGAUCAGGAUCAGCGUCACGUGUGGAUCCCCGCCACUCUCAAGAUGUCCCUCAGCAAAAGUCAGAGACUGGAGAUCAGCAGCUGGCCUGAGGGCGAGGAGUUAAGUGCUGCUGAAGAGGCGGAGGGAGCUUCUCUGUAUGACUUGGUGGUCACGGUGCCACACAUCCUGGACUCUGGUCUGGUCGCACACAUCAAAGUGGGUGAGACCUACCAUCAAAGAAAAGAGGGAGUCUCUCGCCAGCAGUGGUACCUCUUCAAUGACUUCCUCAUUGAGUCGAUUGAGAAGAGUGAGGCUGCACAGUUUGAUGUGAGCUGGAAAGUGCCAGCCAUCCUGUGUUACGCCAAGAGAAACUACCACACCAAAUACGACCUCCGCAGUGAGUGUCAGCACAAUCAGUCUGAAGUCAAAUCCGACUUAUAUCGGACUCAGAAGCAGAGGAAGACAGACGCCACUUUCAUCCCACUGACAGUCAGUGAGAUGCCGCGGGCUGGUGACCUGGUGGGGCUGGACGCUGAGUUUGUAAAGCUCAGUGAGGAGGAAGCAGUGCUGCACAGCGACGGCACCAAAUCGACCAUUACGCCCAGUCAGAUGUCUGUGGCCAGGAUCACCUGUGUGAGGGGUCAGGGACCCAACGAGGGGGUCCCCUUCAUCGAUGACUACAUCUCCACUCAGGAGCAGGUGGUCGACUAUUUGACAAAAUACUCUGGAAUCGAACCUGGAGACCUGGAUGCCACAGUAUCCUCUAAGCACGUGACCACGCUGAAGUCGACCUACCUGAAGCUACGCUUCCUCAUCGACUCAGGAGUUCGCUUCGUCGGCCACGGCCUGCAGAAUGACUUUCGUGUCAUUAAUUUAGUGGUUCCCAAAGAUCAAGUUAUCGACACUGUCCACCUCUUCCGAUUGCCCUACAAGAGGAUGAUUUCUCUGAAAUUCCUUGCUUGGUAUUUUCUUGGCCUCAACAUCCAGGGAGAAACCCACGACAGCACGGAGGACUCAUGCACGGCCCUGAAGCUUUACAGGAAGUACCUGGAGCUGUAUCAGGAAGGAGGGAAUCAUUACGUGACGAAGGUGCUCUACGAAGUCUACGACAAAGGCUUCCAGCUGAACUGGAAAGUCCCGGAUUUGGAUGCGAGAUAGGCCGUCUGAGUGGACUGAAUGCACUCUCCUUCCAUCCACAGGUGCUGCUGUGCUU